AUGGCACAGCAGUACACGGUCCCGUUCGAGCUCAAGAAUCCGAGUAUCCUUCACUACGACAGUUUUGUCAACAACGAGUGGAUUCCCGCGAAGAAAGGCGGUCGAUUUGAGGUCAUCGACCCAGGAACCGACACCGCGUGGGCUAGCUGCCCAACAAACACGGUUGAAGAUGUGCCUCGUGCUGCCGAAGCCGCCCAUGCCGCCUUUGAGCAGUACAGAAAGGUCGUCCCUCGUCAGCGGGCACAGUGGCUUUUGAAAUGGAACAACCUCAUCCUAGAGAACAAAGACGACCUGGCCAAGAUCAUCACCUACGAGACGGGCAAGCCGAUCGCCGAGUCUUAUGCAGAAAUCGAUUACGCAACCUCGUUUACCUGGUGGUUUGCCGGCGAAGCAGAGCGAAUUGCUGGCACUGUUUCUACCCCCGCACUACAAAACCGCCGUAUUCUCACGGUCAAACAGCCCAUUGGCGUGGCUGUUGCGCUGGUGCCAUGGAACUUCCCUAUGGCUAUGAUUCUACGCAAGGCAGCAGCAGCAUUUGCAGCAGGAUGCACUAUGAUUGUCAAACCAAGUCCCGAAACACCGCUGACUAUGCUCGCCACUGCACAUUUGGCCAAAGAGGCCGGGUUUCCAGCAGGCGUGCUGAAUGUCUUGACAACAGAUUUGGACAAUACUGCCUCGUUUAGUGAAGCACUCUGCAAGCACCCUCUAGUCAAGAAGGUCACCUUUACAGGAUCAACACGGGUCGGCAAGAUUAUCGCUACUCACUGCGCGGAAGGAUUGAAAAAGGUCACUUUGGAACUCGGUGGUAACUGUCCAUUGAUCGUGUUUGAUGAUGCAAACUUUGACCAGGCCAUGGAUCAAUUAUUCGCGUUGAAAUGGCGGCACGCCGGCCAGGCAUGCAUCACGGCCAACCGGAUUUACGUUCAGGCCGGUAUCUACGACAGAUUUGCAAAUGCACUCAAAGAGCGCACCCGAAACAUUGUUGUCGGCCACGGGGCUGCCGAGGGAACCACAAUGGGCCCAGUGACUACCUCUCGCGGAGUCGACAAAGCAUCAAACCAGGUUGAAGAUGCCACAAAACUUGGCGCCAAACUGAUACUGGGAGGUAACAAAAUCAAAGAUAAGAGAGGGUACUUUUUCGAGCCGACGAUUCUCACCGACAUGACACCGGAGAUGCUGAUCUCUCGCGAGGAGAGCUUUGCCCCCAUUGCUGCUCUGUACAAAUUCGACACUGAAGAAGAAGCAACCAAGUGGGCUAAUGACACGAGUAUGGGUUUGGCCAGUUACGUGUUUACGAAGAACGUGGACAGGCUCUGGCGGAUGUAUGAGAAUCUGGAGGCGGGCAUGAUUGGGUUGAAUACUGGCGCAUCUUCGGCGGCCGAGUCGCCGUUUGGUGGCAUGAAAGAGUCUGGCUAUGGCAAGGAGAGUGGAAAAGACGUGGCUGUGAACGAGUACUUGAUCACCAAGACUGGCACAUUGACUCUGGAGGGGCAUUUCUAG